UUGCUGAUUGCUACCAAAAGAAAUAUUUCUUAUAUUAUUCCGUGUACAACAGGCCAAGUUGCACUGUCUUGCCAGGUCGAAAACAACAUGCAACUGCCAUAACAUCACAGAGCACGUGCACGUCGUCACUCGUGUUUACAAAUUCUUACCGGUGUAAAGUAAUUGGGUGUAGCAAUCCACGAGGUUCUUUUAGUUUUGGUGUUGAACUCAGCAAGUAAUUAUGCCGGACGAGGAAGUGGUUUCAGCGUUUGCAGCAUACGGACAAAAGAAAAAGAAGAAAUCAGCAGGCAAACCAAAAGCGGCUCAACCUCCAAGUGUGCAAAAUAAAGUUCAGAAAGCAACUAACAAGGCUACCAAUGUAAAUACUAAUAAACAAAAGCCAAUAGCGAAUGGAGUGAAGAAAGGUGCAAAGAAGGGAAAGCAGAAGCAAAAAGUGCAAAAAUCCAAACAGGACACGGACCAAGUUGAGCUCCAACAAGAGCCAGCCACCCCGACUCAAAGCCCAGUGUCAAGCAAAAAAAGGAAGAAUAGUCCUAAGCAAGACGCAGAGAUAGAAACACCUAAGGGACAAGGAAAACGCCAAAAACUAUCUAAACUAAAUGGAAAAACUCCUCCCGAAGCGAAACAUAAAUCUAUGGGCGACCCUCUAGUAAGUCGCCUUACAACGGAGAUAAGUAGUCAAGAAGCGUCAACCUCUUCCAAGACUGAAGAUCCCCCAACCAAUGACAGCAUCGAGGACGCAAAGUCAGUUUUCAGUUGGGUCAUUUCGCCCGUUGACUUCGACAGCUUUUUUGAGAAAUUCUGGGAGAAAAAACCGUGUCUGAUCCAACGCAAUGAUCCAUCCUACUUUUCGAAACUCAUUUCAUGCGCCGUCAUCGACCAAAUGUUGAUCAACAACCAUAUUGAGUUUACGAAGAAUAUCGAUAUUACAUCCUACGAGAAUGGUGUUCGAGUAACCCUCAAUCCGGAAGGACGUGCAACGCCCCCAGUAAUAUGGGGUCAUUAUGAAGAAGGAUGCAGUAUUCGGUUGUUAAAUCCGCAAACUUUUAUUCAACCUAUUUAUGCAAUGAACGCAACACUACAGGAUUUCUUUCACUGCAUGGUAGGGACUAAUGUAUACUUAACUCCUCCAAACAGUCAAGGUUUUGCACCGCAUUACGACGAUAUCGAAGCAUUCGUCCUUCAGAUUGAAGGCCAAAAACGAUGGAAACUGUAUAACCCAAGGAAUUACCAGGAAACUCUUGCUCGUUUCUCAUCGCCUAAUUUCACUCAAGACGAAAUCGGCGAACCAAUCCUCGAUGAGGUUUUAAAACCUGGCGAUGUAUUAUAUUUCCCCCGAGGAACAAUUCAUCAAGCAUGUACUCAACCAGGAUAUCAUUCCCUACAUGUAACCCUUAGCAUGUACCAAAAACACUCUUAUGCGGAUUUAUUCGAAAUUUUAGUUCCGAAAAUGAUAUCACGAGCAAUACAAGAAGAAGUUGACCUUCGGCGCGGUCUACCAUUAAAUAUCUGGCAGAAUCUGGGAAAAAUAUACAUGGGUGAUGAGGAAUAUACCCAGGAACGUGACGAAAUCCUUGCAAAAUGUGAAAAGCUAAUGCAAAAAGUAUUACGACAUGCGGACCUUGACGAAGCUGUUGACCUAAUGGCGAAAAGAUUUCAGCACGAUGCUUUACCACCAGCACUAACAGCUGCCGAGAAAAGACGAACCAUAUUCGGGGCUAAGACUAGUGUUGACGAAAAUGGUGCUGUAGAGUAUGACUACGAAAUCACUUUGGACACACAUGUACGUUUGAUACGCGCCAACGUGCUGAGAGUCGUUGAAGAAGAGGAGUCAAUACGCAUUUAUUACUAUGUUGAUAACUCAAAAGAGUAUCACGAAUACGAACCUAACUUCAUAGAAAUAGAACCAGAAAGUGUGGAAAUUGUUAAACAGCUUGUGAAAGAAUACCCCGAAUACAUAUGUACAAGUGAAUUAGAAGCGCAAAGCGAUGAUGUAAAAUUGUCAGUCGUUCAGGGGCUUUAUGAACGGGGUUUAUUGAUGGUUGAUGAGCCAAUGGCUUGAUAGUCAUGAUAAGGACAUUAAACAGUGUUAAUCCCAAUGUCGACCACGUGUUUUACUUUUUAUUCAAUAAAGACUGUACAAAAUAUA